UUGUUUUCAUGGCAGGGGUAAAAUUAGCUCGUAGGUGAAGUAGCAGUACGCCUUAAUGUUAUUUAAUUUGGUGGUUAUGUAGGUUUGUAGUCAAUAUUCAGUCGCGACAUGAGAGUCGACGCUCUCGUCCGCCGUCAUGGUGUGCCACGUUACAAACUAUAGGGCUCCUCCAAGUGAACUGCCAUGGAUUUACCCUCUAAAAACAUGUACGACAAAUUCAGGGAUGAGAUUUGGAAAGAGCUGGGACCGCUGGACCCUGACUGGUUUGAAACUCUCACAGCUCAGACGUCCACUAAUGAGGAACAUGUGUCUGAUCAAGAUGAACUUUGUGCUAACCAAGAGGGACAUUUUAAAACACCUUUUGACAAAACUGCAGUAGAUAGUCAGCUGUUUUCUACCCCAAAGGUUUUCAGAAACAGACGAGUUGUGUCACCUGCAACAGAGAAUGAGCCGUCGUUCACUGCUGAACAAGAAAUACACAAGUUGACAGCAACACAAAGUCCAUGUUUGUUCCAGACAUCUAAAGACGUGGUGCCAGGUGCAAAGUAUGACAGUACCCAUCCUCAAAGUCUGGACAGUUUUGAUCUGCUCCACACCCCACAGAAAUCCCCUAGGAGCUAUGCAAAGCAGAUUUCUGAGAGUCUUGGUGCAGAGAUUCAUCCUGAUAUGUCAUGGACCAGUUCUCUGAAUACCCCCACAGGAUUACAAUCCACCCUGAUUUUAACUAAGCCAGAUGAGAGUCCCUGCCGAGAGACAAUCUGUGCUGGCAGCGAUGUUGUUCUUGUGCGGAAACUUUUUCCUUCUCUUUCGAACGCGUCCAAGCUGGGAGGGAUUUCACCGGAAAACACUGACAUGCCUUCUGUUCACCAAGGUGUUUGUUCGCCCGAGGCUGUGCAGAAACCAGAGUCCCAUGACUUCCCCUCGAGUCCAAUGAAUCAGAGUGACGGUGUUUGGAGACAGAAGCUACCAGAUGCUAUUGAGGAUGGAGAAAUUCGCAGCACUGUUGCAAAUGUCCUGGAGGGGGCUGAAAAUGUCCUCUCUAUAUUUUUCACCAACAGUAGUUCCGCACUGAGAAAAGUCAAAACUGACAGAAUCAAAAGAAAACAAAUCAUUCCAACUGAAGAGCCGGCCUGCAGCUCCACGGACAUCUCAGCAACAAACAACGCUGCAUCCAGACAACAGGGAACCGCCGAUCAGGAACCUGAAAGACCGCCCUCUUCCCCACCAGUGAAAACUGUGAAUAAUGGAAUCACACAGUGGUCUCCUUUAAGUUUAUCCGAAAUCCCAGCAUGCACUGCUUCCUGCUUUCAAAAAAGCACUGCUACGCAAGUCAAAAGUGGUAUUUCAACAAAACAUCUGCAAAAAGACUCUGAUUCUGCCACACAAGCCAGGAGACUGUUAAAUAUUACAGACUCAGGUUUUACCAAGAAAAAGAGAACAUUUAUUUACUCUGUUAAAACUUCCAAACAACCUGAAAAACAACGAGAGACAAACCAACCAGAUGAAGGCGAUGAAACAACAUCUCACAGCAUGGUGUCGUCACAAAGGAUUCCCGAUUCUGAACAAGAAUUGAAUAUGAAGCAGUGGGAAAAAGCCCCAGAUGAAGCAGAACGCUGCAGUAUUGAGAGAAACGAGAAGCAAAGUCAUGCUAAAGAAAACCUACCCCUGUCUGUACAAACUGAAGUCCAGGAUUUCGACAUGUCACAGCUUUGCAGAGAUUUUGCACAAGACAUCAGAGAAAUGUCAGACCCUGAUCAACUGAGUAAAGAAGCUGGGGAUAUCCCUGGAAGUGUCUUCUCUCCAUCAGCCUGCCUGUCUGCUAUGAAACAAGCUAAGAAGAAAGCAAGGCAAACAAACCAUCAUGACUGUGAUGGCAUCAGUAACAGAAGACAUAUUUCUACAGCGAUCCAAAACAGCCAUAUCAGUGAGGUCACAAUAAGUGACAGUGGAUUUCAGUCUGCUGUAACAGAUAUCACCCAUAUGACUGCAGCUUCAUUUGCUCUUCCCAGCUCAGAGAAAAACAGUCAGCAGUGGUCUGGCUUUAAAACUGAUGUCCACAGGACUACUCCUCCUCUAUCUUCAAACAAAGAACAUGGAAAAGUACAUUUGGAUCACGUUUUACAAGAAGCUGAAAAUGAGGCCAAGUUAUCCUGUGAAACCAAGAAAGGAGAGACACUGGGUCCUAGCAGAGCGAGUGAGCAGAGCACAGAAAGCACAGCUACACAACUAUCCAGCAGGGCAAAAAGCUCUGUCAAUAAUAUUGAUGGCUUUCCACUCAGUGGUCAUGCUCGUGGCAGUCUGCCAGCCAAACCAGAGCUUUCUCUUCCAUCUGUUCAUGCAUCAGGAUUCAAAACUGCUUCAAAUAAAGGAAUACAGAUUUCCUCAGCCAACCUGCAGAGAGCCAAGCGACUGUUCGAAGAAACUGAAAGUGACAAGACUUCUAGUGAUCAGACAACAAACUGUGCACAUGACUCUAAGGAUAAAAUUCUUAUGAGUAACAGUUCAGUGGAAAAAAACUCAAAAUCAGACCAGCCCCCACCUUCAAAUGAUAAAUUAGCAGGUGAAAGUUUUCAGUUAACGGCUUCCCAGAGAGCCGAUGUGACUGAGCUGUGCACUCUCUUAGAGGAAGCAGACAGCCAGUUUGAAUUUACGCAGUUCAAAACUGCAAAGCUGAAACAACAUGGUGAAGAUAAAAACAUCUCUCCUUUAAAAGUUGACAAAGAACUUGACCCUGAUUUUCUUGCAGGUAUAGAUUUUGAUGACAGUUUUAGUUUGGAUGCUGAAAAGCACCAGGCAGUAACUGUGAUGCAUGACAAAAGGCCCUCAGUUUCAGUUGGUAAAAGAAAUUGUGAAAAAUCCAACAUUUCUAGGAAAGCCACAGGUCUGUUAUUGCCGGGGCCAAUGACAGAAGAAAAGUCGUCUGCUGAAGAUUUGUCUUUAUCUGAUGGCAGCAGAAUUAUUAUGUCAGCUAAACUCAAAACCCUUGACAGAGUAGGUCACACUGAAACAAGCAUGCCAGAGAACAAAUCUCCCCUGAAGCUCGGUGUGGGAUUUAAGACUGCAGGAGGAAAUGUUUUGAGAGUUUCCAAAAAGUGUCUGAACAAAGCUCGAGCUUUGUUUGCGGAUUUAGAGGGGAGUCUUGUGACGAGUCAAAAUUCACCUGACAAUCUAAGUAGAGAUGCUGAUGCCCAAGAGCAGCAUAAGCAGAGUGUGCAUAAUCACACUGGUGAUAUUUUGAAUCGUAAAGAGAGUAAUGCAAAGCUCACAUCUUGUGGUAAUGAACCUGUGAAGAGGAUUGAGGAGUGUUUUUCCAACGUGAAGAAGUCUGUGUGUUUGGAUGAACAGGUCACAGGCAUCCGAGAUGAAGAAGCAACAAAAAGUAUCAAAAACAGCAAAAUGGACAGAAACUCAUGUGGAGGUGGGUUCCAGAUGGCCAGUGGGAAAGGAAUUUCUACUUCAACCAAAGCAAUGCAAGAGGCAGAUGCUUUUUUCAAAGACUGUGACAUUACUGACAGUAAAACUGGCAUGUCUGUAAAAGCUAAAGAGAAAAUUGAAUCCUUGUCUAGAAGUGUUCAAAGUUUAGGUCCUAAGGAUACAUGGGCUUUAAAAAAUACAGCAGCUCUCCAUGGAAACCUGUCCUCGUCUGCAAAGACUCUCUCAUGCACAGCACCAAAGAAUAUUGGCUCCUCUGACAUUGAUAAAUUGAGCAGUAGUGGUGGUGGAUUCUGCUCAGCGAGAGGGAAGAAAGUAUUUGUGUCAGCUGAAGCUAUGAAAAAAGCCGAGCGCCUUUUGACUGAAGAUCGUACACCUGAAGAAACAGACAAACAACCGAAAGAAAACAGAGAUCAUUUAAGAGCAGGAUUUCUCAACAGUGAAAUUCGGGUUACAACACCCAGUGAUGGUGGAUUUCAGACAGCCAGCGGCAAAGGUGUCCCCAUAUCAGCUGCUGCUCUCAAGAAAGCAAAAUCCUUGUUCAAUGAAUGUGAUGAAAUUGAAUCCCCAUCGUCUAACAUCAGUGUCAAAACAACACAUCCUAAGAUGCAAGCUCCAAGGCCAGCACCCAGGAGUAGUGGAUUCCUUGCCGCCGGUGGGAAAUCUGUGGCUCUUUCAGCAGAGGCCCUAAAAAAGGCUAAAGCUGUCUUCAGUGAUAUCGGUUUCGAUGAGGAGAUUCCAUCUGUUUCAGACACAAGGAGGAAAAAUGACAAGGAACAAAAACAAAUCCCAAACACUGAGAAAAUACAUUUGGGUUUCUCAACUGCAGGCGGAUCAAGAGUUCACGUGUCGCAGAAAAAUCUGUUGAAGGCCAAGAACCGUUUGAAAGAUUUUGAUGAUAGUCUUAUUUCAGCAACGGCAAUGCAAGACGCAGAUGAAUUUUUCAGGGACCAUGAUGACAGUAAUGAUGUCAUUUCAAUUCAACAUAAAAGCACACCACCUUUGAGAGGGAGUGGAAACGAGCAGAGAAGCCUUUCAACAUUUAAAGAUAGUGAAAGGGUGAAAAACUUUUCUGAAGAAUCUGGAUGUGGACGCACUGAGUUUGAAAAUGUGAAUGAAAGAGCAGCUACAACCUGUGAAAAGAAGAGUCCUUUGGAUGGUGUAGAGCUCCACAAAGGGUUUAAUGAAAGCACACUGGAUUCUGCAAAUGGAGCUUCUUUACACGGAAACCCAGCUUUGAUGACAAAGCCACUCUCUUCCUCAUUUUGCACAACAUCAAACAACAUUGGUCCCUCUGCCAUUAGUAAACUGAGCGCUGGUGGCGGAUUCUGCACAGCAAGUGGGAAGAAAGUAUCCGUGUCUGAAGAUGCGAUGACAAAAGCAAGGUCUCUAUUAAGUGAAAGUGCUACACUUCAGGAAGCAAACAACCAAAUGGAUCAAAAAGAAGGCAAUAUGCCACCACGUAAUGAUGGAUUUCAAACAGCCAGUGGCAAAGGAGUUUCCAUUUCAUCUGCAGCCCUAAAGAAAGCAAAAACUCUGCUCAGUGAAUGUGAUGAAGUUAAGAAUGAAGUCAGUUUGAGUCCAACACGUUCAAAGACGCUGCAUCCUUGUCAAGCAUCCAGGAGUGGACAGUUUUUAUCAGCCAGUGGUAAACAGGUGGCAUUUUCAUCCGAGGCCCUACAGAAGGCAAAAGCUCUCUUCAGUGACAUCGGUUUUAGUGCAGAGAACCCAGCUGUUUCAGAUUUACAGAGCAGCAACAAGAAGCAAGAAAAUGCUCAACACAUAGAGAAAAUGCAUCAUGGUUUCACGACUGCAGGGGGAGCUAAAGUACACGUUUCACAGAACAAUUUGUUGAAAGCAAAAACCCUCUUGAAAGAAUUUGCAGAUGGUGAGUCUCACGAUUCAAAGUCAACAAACCAACAUGACACCUCUAAGUGGGAUCUAUCAAAAGCUAAAGAUGAGAAGAGAACUUCACAUUCUGAUCUCACCACAGAACGCUACGUGUCUACUGAGGAAAGUGACCUUCAGGCAGUUACAUCUACUUUGCAACAGACUGACCAUAAAAAUGAAACCCUUCAAAAUGUAAGUUCACCAGGUUGCAUUAUUAUGAAAAACAAGACCCCUGUGGAUCCUCUUAAGUCCAAAGAAGGAAAAAUGAUGAAAAAGAUGAGCAACCUCCAUGACAGCCCUAGAGAGGAAAUGUCCAGUGUGUUAGACACUGAAAUGAACCAGACUACCAGCAGUGAAGGAUCUAAGGUCCAAAGGACUGACGAGCCUUCAGUUCAAUUUGUACAGUCACUAAACCUCAGUGGCUGCACUGAUACCCAGCAGAAGCUUCUUGCACAGGAAGCUCUGGACUGCACCAAAGCUUUGUUAGAGGAUGAAAGUGCGGCUGGCCAAAGUCUGUCAAUGACUUCAGAAAAUGUGGAACUUCAGAAGGAUCAAAAACCCACUAACAGAUCAGUAGGGGAACACAGAGGAAAAGGGAAACGUCCUGUAGACGACCCAGAUAUGACGGGUCAGCCUCCACCGAAGAGACGAUUACUGGAGGAAUUUGACAGAACUGUUGAUUCAAAAGUGUCAACACUGAAUCCGGAAAUAAGCACUCCAAACGUUUUAAUGAAAGACAGGAGAGUUUUUAAGUACAGCGUCUCUCUUCAUCCAAAUAUCACAAGACCACACAGGAGUGGAAAUCAGUAUGUGGAAAGCAAAGUGCAAAAGACAGCACCAACACAACACUCAACCCCAGGAGGCAGCAGGUCAGCACAAUCCAGGAUGCCGGCAUUUGUUCCUCCAUUCCUCAAGAAUGCAAAGACGCAGAGCUGCAGGAAUGCAGCGCUCAAGGACAACAUAAGAACACCUCCUGCGUUUGUUCCUCCUUUCAAAAAACAAAGAAUGAUUGUCCAAGAGAGCUCCUCUAAACCUCAGGAGGAGGGGGAGGAUAAACACUGCAAUGUCUCUGUAAUGCCCGCCAACAGCAACACUUAUGUGCCACCCACUAAAAAAACACAAAGCACUGCGGAUAUAACUGGUCAUGAAAGCAUAGGAGACGAUCAGAUGAUGGCCUUGGAGGAAACUACAUGUAACAAUCAGAUAAAUAAACCAAAGCUAGCUGCUGGUUGUGGAUUGGAGGACUCUGCUGCACAUAAAUCACAUGCAGAAGGCAUGUUGUCUGGAAGCAGAGAAAUGUUACAGAAUCUCCACAACAUAGAGCUUGCACGAGAUAUGCAAGACAUGAGGAUCAGGAAGAAGAAGCGUCAGACCAUUCGACCUUUGCCGGGCAGUUUGUUUCUAACCAAAACCUCAGGAGUGCCGAGGUUAAAAUUAAAAGCUGCAGUGAAUGGAAAACCUCCAGCAAGAUACUCAACAAAGCAGCUGUAUGAAUCUGGAGUUCAUCAGCACGUGUGUGAGAUCACCAGUGAGGCUGCAGAAUCUUUUCGCUUCAGGUUACAGCAGUUCAUCAGACAGGAAGCAUUUACAGAUGGAGGUGGUGUACAGCUUGCUGAUGGAGGAUGGCUGAUCCCCAGCAAUGAUGGAACUGCAGGGAAACAAGAGUUUUAUAGAGCAUUGUGUGACAGCCCUGGUGUGGAUCCAAAACUGAUCAGUGAGGAGUGGGUGUACAACCACUACAGAUGGAUUGUGUGGAAGCAGGCCUCCAUGGAGAGAUCAUUCCCUGAAACAAUGGGCAGCCUCUGUCUCACCCCAGAGCAGGUUCUCCUCCAACUGAAGUACAGAUAUGAUGUCGAGGUGGACCACAGCCGCAGGCCCGCUCUGAGGAAGAUCAUGGAAAAGGACGACACAGCAGUCAAAACCCUCGUCCUCUGUGUAUGCGGGGUCAUCUCCACAGGUCACGCCCAAAAAAGGCUCAGUGACACAAAGACUCCACAAGGUGGUGAUGCCAAGCCUGAAAACACUUCUGCGGUUGUUUGGCUGACGGACGGAUGGUACUCCAUUAAAGCACAGUUGGAUGAGCCUUUGACUGCCAUGCUCCAGAAAGGUCGGCUGUAUGUGGGGGGGAAGUUGAUCGUCCAUGGGGCUCAGCUGGUGGGAUCACAGGACGCCUGCUCCCCUCUGGAGGCUCCUGAAUCUCUCAUGUUAAAGAUUUGUGCCAAUAGCAGCAGGCCCACUCGAUGGGACACAAAGCUCGGGUUUCACAGAGAUCCUCGGCCGUUCCUGCUUCCUGUUUCUUCUCUGUACAGCAAUGGAGGACCUGUAGGGUGUGCGGACAUCAUCAUACUGAGAAGCUACCCCAUACAGUGGAUGGAGAGGAAAUCGGAGGGGGGCGUCGUGUUUCGUUCUGUCCGUGCAGAAGAGAAGGAGGCGAGACGAUACAACGGCAACAAACAAAAAGCCAUGGAGAUCCUGUUUGCAAAGAUUCAAGCUGAAUUUGAAAAGGAGGAGAAAGGUAAAAACAAAGCGCAACGUAGACGACGGACAAUCAGUCGUCAGGAUGUUGCGAGUCUUCAAGAUGGAGAGGAGCUUUAUGAAGCAGUGGAACAAGACCCCGCUUAUCUGGAGGCUCAUUUGAGUGAACAGCAGUUGGAGACUCUACGUGCCUACAGGCGUUCUCAGAUGGAGAAGAAGCAGACUGAACUACAGGAUCGCUACAGGCGAGCUUUAGAAAGUGCAGAGAACAGUGAAGGUAGCUGUCCCAAGAGAGAUGUUACUCCUGUCUGGAGGCUCUGCUUUGCUGACUCCAUGGGACAACCUGGCAGUAUGCAUCAGUUGAAUCUUUGGCGACCUACCUCUGAUCUUCAGUCUUCACUGAAGGAAGGCUGCCGAUACAAAGUCUACAACCUCAGCACCUCAGACGGAAAGAAAGUCAGCGGGAGCACAAGUGUUCAGCUGACGGGCACAAAGAAAACACAGUUUCAGGACCUACAGACUUCCCCUGAAUGGCUAUCAACACAUUUUCAACCAAGAGUCUCCACCCAUUUUAUGGAGCUUAGAAACCAAGAUUACCAGCCACUGUGUGGAGAGGUGGAUCUGGCAGGAUAUGUCAUCAGUAUCGUAGACGGACAGGGUUCCUCUCCUGCCUUUUAUUUGGCCGAUGGGAAACUGGACUUUGUCAAGGUGCGAUGUUUCAGCAGCUUGGUUCAUUCUGGACUGGAAGAUUUGGUAAAACCACGAGUCCUUUUGGCUCUGAGCAACCUGCAGCUGAGAGGUCAGUCCACAUAUCCCACUCCUGUUGUGUACGCCGGAGAUCUGACCUCCUUCUCAACAAACCCCAAAGAGGUUCAUCUUCAGGAAUCCUGCAGCCAACUCAGAAGCCUGAUGCAGGGCCAGGAAAACUUCUUUCUAUCUGCCGAGGAGAGGCUUUCACAUUUAGUCAGAUCUGAAGGCCAGCAGGCCACCUCCUCUCCAGCCCUGCAAACCCGAACCCCGUCCUCUACAGCCGACAGAAGACAAAGCACAAAGACUAGUGUGACCGCUCAGCAUCAAGUCAGAAGUCAUGGAUCCUUUACUCCUGUCGGCAGGAACCCUCCUGCAACAAACAGUUCAACAGAGAAGGACCCCAGCAGUCUGAAGAGGAGGAGAGCUCUGGACUAUCUGUCUCGUAUCCCAUCUCCUCCUCCUCUUGCCAUUAUGGGCUCAGUGUCCUCUCCGUGUGUAAACAAAACAUUCAACCCCCCUCGGAGGUCUGGGACACCUGGCACUUUAAAAUCUGUACAGACUCCGGCUCGCAAACCUGUUAAUCCACCAGCAGAGGAGGAAUGGGUGAAUGACGAGGAACUGGCUUUGAUUGAUACUCAGGCGUUGCUUGUUUGAGACUAACUGUAGGUACACGUGAAUGUAUAAUGACGAUCACAGCUUUGUAAAUAAUUGUACAAAUGAGUGGAUGUAAAUAUUUAAAUAUGGCUGCUGUGGCACAUAUUCUGAUGUUUUGUAGUCUAAUUGGACUAAUUAAAAAGAUGACAACACUUCACAA